UUCGCCCUGUGCCUUGACAUGACCGCCAGAGACGUGCAGGACGAGUGCAAGAAGAAGGGGCUGCCCUGGACGCUGGCCAAGAGCUUCACCGGCUCCUGCCCCGUCAGCGCGUUUGUGCCCAAGGAGAGGGUCCCGGACCCGCACCAGCUGAAGCUUUGGCUGAAGGUCAACGGCGAGCUCAGGCAGGAGGGUGACACCUCCUCCAUGAUUUUCUCCAUCCCGUACAUCAUCAGCUACGUUUCUAAGAUAAUGACCUUGGAAGAAGGGGAUAUCGUCUUGACCGGAACGCCCAAGGGAGUCGGGCCGGUUAAAGAAAACGACGAGAUUGAGGCCGGCAUACAUGGGGUCGUCAGUAUGAGAUUCAAGGUGGAGAGGCCAGAAUGCUGAGUCUACACAGCAUCCUCGCUUUCUCAGGUUCAGGAGCCAAGGGAGCAAGGCCGAAGCAAGCAGCGGUUAUUAAACGUGACUGUCCUUUAUCCGAAACAAAGUAUAAUAUAUACAUCUAUCUAUAUAUCUAUAUAUAGAUAUCACAGGUUUUCUUGAUUUUGGUAAUCUGGAGGCAUUUAUAAAAAUAAAAAUUUGAAAUUGAAAAAAAAGAGCAUGAGGAUUCCAUGUGGCAAACUGUGGAUCACAUCCCCUGAUCAGUCCACCUGAAAUGCCCUGGGCACAUGAAUGAGUGACCAGGAUCUGAUAGACUGGAGAAAUGCAGUAAGAAGAUCACGGUGUGACCAGAUACCACAGACGGUGAUCUCUCUCUCUCUCUCUCUCACAUAUGUCCAUGCACAUGCCCUAUUAUAAAUUUUUAAAGGCAAUGGAAUAUUAUAAACUUAAUAGAAUAUCUGUUGAGAGUAAUGUCUUCUUACAUGCUUAGUUAUAUAAAAUCUUUGUAAUAGAUCAUGAAGGUAAGUAGAAUAUCUACUCGUGUAUGUCCAUUUACACAUUCUCAGUUUUACUUGACAAAAAUGAAUGGGGGACCAGCAGUUUGCAUAAUGGCUAGGUUGCUG